GUAAAGGGCGUCGAAGCGCCUGGAAACUCUGGGCUCUUUAUUUUAAAUAAAUAAAUAGUCCUAAAUUAACUUAGAAGAGUGUGAAAGCGGAAUAAAACGCGAUGCAGGCGGUAAAACAGGCAUGUUGAGGUUAAAAAAAAAACACCUGUGGAGGGAGAAGGCGUGGCGGACGCCGGGGAGGAACUGAGGCCGGACGGACAGGUGCGCGGACCGUGGACGGGGACUCUGGGGUUGGACACGGGAGGCUCGCUGCGCAAAGUGUCCGUGUUGAGAGGCGCUUGCGCACAGCGAGUGACCGCGAGCGACGAAGCAGCCUCGCGCACCUUCAGGGAGCCACAGAGGAGCGCAGUGGCGGGAAGUAGCAGCGCGUGACGAGGGGCGGAAAGUGAGAGUGGGUGUCGCCGCUCGGCAGCCGGAGAGUCGCGCUGCCGACCUGCUCCUGUUGUGAAGGAGGGACUCGAGGGACUGGGACAGGGACAGGGACAUUGGGAGUAGGACCGAAGCCCCCCCUAGGCGAAUCACUCCCAGAUAACGGGAAAUACUUAAGGCGUCGCACGCGCCCGUGGGUUCCGUGGAGCAGACAGGAGGUGGAUGUGGGACUGUGGAGAUGCUCACUUGGAGGAAACUUGGAGCCGCGCUCGUUCUCGUCCUGCAGUGGAUACUGCCAGGUGAGCCACAAAUGAUAAUACCUCAGAAGAGCAUAGAGGUGAUCAGAGGCAAGUCGGUGGUGUUACAGGCCUCUUACCAACGUACGCCAAGCAUAGAAAACAACGUUGUCAUCUGGAACUUUGGCACCUCUAAGCAGGUCAUAUCCUACACUAAGGAUGGGUCCAGCAAAGGAGAUCCCCAUUUUGCAGAUCGGGUGUGUUUCCUUAACACUAUGCCCUCGACCAAUCUGUCCAUUUCCAUCAACAACACGAUGGAGAACGACUCGGGGAGCUACGUAUGCCAGGUUAUCGUUCCAAAUGCUUCUGGCAUCGUCGGGGAGGUGACACUCACGGUCAAUGUCCCCCCAUCGUUGCCCCAGUGUCAGAUGUCGGGGAAGCCUGUGCUGAAAGGAAAUGUGACACUGAGCUGCAGCUCCAAAGAAGGCAAGCCAGCACCCAAAUACCAAUGGAGCAGGGCCCCCCCCAGGCCCGCCGUCUUCUUUCCCCCUUUGCAGGAUGAGAAGCAGGGCACGCUCAAGCUCAACAACCUAACCAGCGACAUGUCAGGGAAGUACAUCUGCACGGCCAACAACACAGCGGGCUCCGAGAGCUGUUACAUCGAGCUCAACGUCUCCACUGCAACCAACGCGGGGGUGAUUGCCGGGGCCACGGUGGGCGCCGUGUUGGGCCUCAUGGCUAUCGUCCUGUUCCUCAUCUUCAUCCUCAGGAGGAAGAAGGACUCGGAGGAUGACAUGGCCAACGACAUCAAGGAGGAUGCCCAGGCGCCCAAGCGAGUUUCCUGGGCAAAAAGCGGCACGGGAUCCGAUAUCAUCUCCAAGAACGGCACCCUGUCCUCCAUCACCUCGAGCCCCCAUCCGCAGGACCACCUUCACAACCACCACUACCGCCAGCAAGGCGUCUCCGACACGGCUUCCAUCGUCACCGCCACGGGCAGCACGGCGGGUUAUAGGUCCCGCCCUGGAGAGGCCAGCCCUGCCCUGCACACGGCGCGCGGGCACAACACCUACACCACUAUGCCGCGUGGAUCUCCUGGACCCCCCAGCAGCAAUGGAGGCUCCGUGCAUAGACCCGAGCGGGCUCAGCCUCAGGCCCCGCGCCCCCCACCGGCACCCACCAUUCCCACUGGCGUUACUGCCUCUAAUAUAUGCCGCAUGGGCGGGGUGCCCAUCAUGGUGCCUGCCCAGAACCAGGCGGGGUCCUUGGUGUAGCUCCGUCCGCUUCGGACAGUUGCUCGUGUCUUCUGUAAACUGUUAUGCAAAGUGACUUUCGGGGAGAUUCAUGGACGCAAAUGUACUACUGCAGUGGGAAACAGCCGAUGUUGAGGAAGAUUAUUUAAAUGUGAAUAGAAGGCCGUACAGAAAGAGCCUGAGUGCUGUUGCAUGAUGUGAUUUAUUUCAUUGAUGAACACAGAGAAUGCAAAGGUUUUUAUUUGAUUUUUUUAAUAACCUGAAUGUAUAAAAUGUGUAGAUAUCAAUUUAAUAUUCCUGUAUGUUUUCACGUGUAUUUACUUUGUAUUUUGUACGUAUUUUAUUUCUUUUAAGGGUUCUUUAGUUCCAUUGUAAGAAUCUCACCAUUAGUUGGAUGAUGUGGUGAAUGAGAUGUGUGCUUGGCUUAAUUUGACAUAUUUUUGCCGUAAAAGGAAAAGUAGGUUUGCAUGUUGAUGUGCCAUGUUAAGCCUGAGUAUUACACCACCCAGCAGUGUGUGUGACACACAGGGGCCUCCUUAUCCACUGAGGUUCCAGCGGCAGCUUUCAGAAUCUGUCAUCCACUCAUAAGUAUAAUUAGUGAUUAUGAAAAGCUUCAGAUCACUGCUUUUGGGUAACUUGCAUCCAGAGAUUUAGGUAUUGGAACAUGGCUGAUGCUCUGGGGUCUCUCUCUCUCUCUCUCUCUCGCACACACGCGCACACACAUACACAAAACCCGGGUCGCACUCCGGAAGAGUAUUGAGGCAGAACUAUUUUCACCUAAUGAUGUCCAGCAGGUUGGCAGGAUCAUAAAGUGAUAAUGUCUGUAUUUAUUUUUUUGGAAAAUAAUUUAUCACAGCUGUAAUUAAAUCUGAUUUCAUAUUGUAAUCCCAUUGCUUGUCAGAAAGAACCAAAUGCCUUUGCUUUGCCUUUAUGUACCUUGACCAAAAUUAAGCCAAUGUUUCUGAAUAUUUCUUGUUUUGCUUUGUUAUGUUCAAUAUACAGCUAAAAUGAAUAAAACAAUGUUUUUAGAAUACAUGAUUAUGUUCAAUAUAUGCAUACUAGUUGAAAUAACGUGAUGAUGAUCUUUACUAAUAUAGUAGCCACUUUGAAUACUAACAAAGAAGCAUAUGACUAAUGCUGACACCAUGAACAUUGCUGACAUUUCUCAUUUUUAUUAUUAUUUAAUGGAAAUUUGGAAACAAUUUAAUCUUGGCACAACGGCUGUUAAACUGAAUAUAUGAAAAUUUAAUUUUAAAACUAGUGUUAUAUUUUUAAAACAACCAUUUAAAGGAGCAACCCAGCUGGUUUGCAUACCCAUUUUCUGUAGGUUUGUCAUAAAGACUUUUUAGUACUUGUAAAACUCGUUUAUCUAAAAUAUAAAGCAGGGAAGGAAAUCAAUGUUUAAUAUUCUCACUUUUCUAUUUUACUAGAAACAAAAGAUUAGUAUCAAGCAGCGAAAAACAAAUGCAACGUAUUAGGCCGUCUGAUUAUUUUUCAUCAAAAUAUUGACGUAUUUACUGUUUACUGUUAUGACAUAGAUGCAAGAAACUUUUGGAAAAUUAAAACCAUUUUACCAGGACACAUUCCAAUAAAUAUGGACAGAGCGACAUAUAUAACGUUUUCCUGUUCGAUUUUACUGAGGACAGGUUAUGUGUUUAUUAAUAUAUGUGUGGAUGUCAAUAGAAAAAAAAUGAACAAGUUGUAUUGCUAUAUCAUUUGACUUGUAUGAUCUUUGCAGCCAACACAAUGUUAAUGUACAGUAACUGUAGAACUAUGAAACUUAUAUGUAUAUGGUGUCAAGCUUCUCCCUUGUAAGCAUUUUUAAUUAAAACAUAUGGCUGGAAAAAUUGUGGUUUACAUUUUUGCGCUGUACUGACAGUUCCAAAUGUGGCCACCAGAUGGCAGUAUCUCCGGGUCUAUCGCCAGUGUGGGAUUCUCUGCUUCAUGAUUGUUUCAUCCCUAAGGAGCCGUUUAUUAAUUCAUCUUCAUAUUACGUUUGCACAACAUACCACUCUAUUUUCUAACUCAGACAUAAAAAUUUACACAUUUAUUCCUGUGUUCAACUACCUUUCUGGGCAUAACUAAAAGCCUUGAAGAAUGCCAUGUUUUCUCCAUUCUGUUUCAUUUUCAUAUGAUUAAUACGAUUCUAUAUGAUUAAUUAUCUUUGGUGUAGGUUAAUAUUUGGGUUUUGAUUGGCCUUCUAUCGCUGAUGGAAGCAUCUCACAAGGCUUAUGAAUAAAAUGUUUAAUGUUCACUUGUAAAUAGUGUUUUAAGUCUUAUAAAGCCCAUCUUACACUUAAUGACAUGUGCAGCAUGAACAGAUUUUCCACGGCAAUUCAUCAGUGAUGUUUCGUGCCCCCUUCUGGCCGGCAUGGAAUUGCAGGUCUGAUUUUUUUCCAGCGCACUGCUGCCCUCUGUCAGACAUGAUUGGUAUUACACCUAAGUACAAUUGAACGUUUAUUAUUUCAGCGCUACAGACUAGUGAUUAUUAUAUAAAUGUGUUUAUCUGCCUUCUUUGUCUAAAGCAACUUACAAUGUUGUUCGUGCACUGAGCACUUAUACAGCACAGCUGUUUUUACCGCAGCAAAAUCAGGGUAAGUACUGAUAGCAGGAGACUGAAACCCAGAACAUUCUGAUUGCACAAGGACAAUUGAACUAGAAGGGCACCUGCAACCCCCUGCGAUGAAACAUAAUCACACAAAAUCAGACAUUCAUCAAUCUGCCUUGGUGCUCAAGCUACAGCACAGUUUGCUAUCCGUUAAAUUGAUCAUUUUUAUAAAAUUCCUGAAGAUUUCCGGGGGUGCGAUAAGGAUGUUUGGGAUACAAGUACAUUCAUUACUGUCUGUUACACACUGGCACUGCAGUCAGCGAUCAUGUCAUCUGUGCAUAACAGAUCACCUCCCAAAUCUGCCAUAUAUUUAUCUAAAAUCUUUGUAUUUUGUAUCUUUGUGUAUUUGUAUCGGGGGUGUGGUGGCGCAGUGGGUUAGACCGGGUCCUG